CGGUGGCAGAUACAUGAUUAUGACACGACACACCACCUAUACUUAUCUGACAGUGUCACUCAAAUGAAACCUCACGGGUCAGACGGAUAAGUAACAUCUUCAGGGCGACCCUCUCCAAUUUGUGCGUUUCUAGCGAUACUGCGAAGUCUGGUCGCAAAUAUUCCCCUUCUGGCAACAUCGUGGUGACUGGUCUCAGCGUCCGCCUUCAGCGCACCCUCGCCAAGCAGCCCAAGCUUCCGCUAUGCUUUCACCCGUUCACAUCAGGUUCGAAUUCGCUUCUCUGCUUACGUCGCAGCCUAUGUCAUCAAAAACCGGGCAUGCCUCUGUAUACACUAUAAAGCAUAGCAGAUUUCACAUCAGGUCUACUGGCAUCGCUGGGUUGUCGUUAAAGCUGUGCUGGAAUAUUGCUCAGUGCUCAUCCACCCAUGUUUUUAUCUCCCCAAUUCAUGGAAGAUGUCUGGGUGCGGAGGUCAUUCUCUUCAGCUGGUCACACUUUACUUGUCUACGACUUCUGUCUGACUUUUAGCGAUGAAAUCUGGUACAUCUGGAACGCCCCCUGGACGGUUGUAAAAGUCAUGUUCCUCAUCAACCGAUAUGGCAACCUUGCUGGGCAGACUUUUAUUCGUCUGGAAGAGGCCGGUCUCCUCGCACAUAAUUCUCAAGAGUUCUGCCAACACUUCGCCCUUUCCACCUCUUACUUUAUGAUCCUCUCUUCAGAGUCGAUUCAUAUACUUGUGCUCAUGCGUGCGUGGGCCAUCUGGGGAACUCGAACUGGCGUGUCAAAGAUCCUCGUCGGGAGCUACGUGUCUUACGUCCUUAUACUGUUGGGCGCAGCGACGUAUGGCGCAAGCCAUAGUCCUGAUGCUAAGUUCCACUACCUCGACUUGAUUCAGAUCUGCGUGGGGGCGAUGCCAAAAUAUGUGUGGACAUGUUAUGUCGGAAGCUUUGUUCUCGAUAUAGGAGUCUUUGUCCUCACAAUGCAAAGUCUCCGGAGAUACUCUAGGGACUUUGAGUGUCUCUACCCCUCUAAACUCCUCCACUUGCUCGUUCGAGAUGCAAUCGUGUUUUUUGUUAUUAGCAUGUUCAAUGAUGCCAUGAUCCUCUCUUCCUGGACCGCAUAUUCGCACAAUCCAAAAUAUUUCCUUGCUAAAGGGUUUUCGUGUCCGUUACUUUCAGUGGCCGGUCAGCGCCUGGUCCUGAACCUGAGAGGUCUCAAAACGCGUACAUAUUCGACACACGAUCUCAGCCUUGAGGUGGACCGACAACUUGAAGGAUUUGCUGAAUCAUACUACUUGUCAUCUCUAGACCUAGACAAUGUAGGUGACCCGGAAGCUGACCGAGAGCCUUAGGUGGAAUCAGGACAUGUGAACCGAAAUUAAUUUGUAACUAUACCUUAUCGCACAUUGUACAGGACGUUAGUAAUUACACAAGUACAAAAGUCAAUCUGGCUCUUUCAUACAUUCUUGGUAUCAAGGGUCUCUAUACAUAUGUGGUGAUCAUCGGUCAGACCGGUCAGGAACGAAUAUGUCUGACCCACUGUAUGUAGUAGUACCAUCUGAUUAUCCUGCAAGUGGUUAGAGUGCCUUGCAAAGGCCCCGCUGAAUUCGAUGGUUGUGGACCUAUAGUUGGCAUAUGACCUUGCAAGUGACAAGUUUCGUCGGUACCUUACU